ACUGUCAAGUCAGUUUAUUUAAAGAUGAACUAUGAUGUGAAGUUACCUGUUUGUUGACCACAGAUUUCCUCCUCCAUGUGUGUUGUAAAACUAGUUGUGCAACUGUUCAGAUGUCGGUGGUGGGUUUAUAAACACAACCUGUGCCGACUUUUCCGUGAUUUCAGUCAAAGGUCUGUGUUUGGUUAUUAUUAUGAAGUCAACUGAUUAUUCACCACGCAUUUACUGCGUACAGCGCAGUCGAAACACAAAACUAUGGCGUUGUGGAUCUAUUGUGGCGGUAUGUGUUUGCUUCGUCUACUGGAAUGUGCUGGGUUUGAUGUCAUCAGAAGACUGGAGCACAACAUUUUUCAGGGCUACAUUAGAGACUGAAGUAAACUGGAUUGUAAAUGAUGCAGCUGAAGAGGAGGCAGUGCCAGCCUGCUCCUUGAGAAAUACCAUAAAGAAAGAAGACACUCUGAAGAGAAAGUUUAGCUUCUUAGUUCCUGUUCUGCAGUGGCGUGAUUCUUUUAUUAAUUCACAUUGGCAAAAGCUCCAGAAUGAACCAUUGCCGUAUGGCUGGAAGGACCAGCCUUUCUAUGAAAUAGGCAAGACACUUUCUCUGCUUUCACAUCCUGCCAACAGUCACCUGUUUGAGCGGAAAACAUCAGAGACCUGUGUGCGUUGCGCUGUGGUGGGUAACGGAGGGAUUCUGAAUGGAUCCAGGCAGGGGAAAAACAUAGACAGUCACGAUUAUGUUUUCAGGGUAAAUGGGGCAAUAAUCCAAGGGUUUGAGGAUGAUGUUGGGACAAAGACGUCUUUCUACGGCUUCACCACCAACUCUCUCAAGAACUCAUUAAUUGGUUAUAACCAAGACGGCUUCGACAAAGUGCCACGUGAUCCGGGCAUUGGAUAUAUUUUUAUCCCUGCUGAGACUCGAGACUAUGUGAUGCUGGCAGCUGCUAUCCAGGGUGUGUCUGUACCCUCGGGACCUGAUAAAGGUGACAGGGCCUCAGAACUUUUCGGAUAUAAUCCUGAAACACAUCAGUUCAAGAUGAUCCAUCCAUCCUUCAUUCAGUAUGUGACUCAAAGGUUCCUUAAAUCUCCACGGCUGGAGCAAUAUAGGGAUUUGUACAUGCCCACCACGGGUGCACUGAUGCUUUUGGUUGCUUUACACACUUGUGACCAGGUCUCUGCAUAUGGCUUUAUGACAGAAAAUUAUAAAGACUUCUCAGACCAUUACUAUGACAAGGUGAUGAAGCCUCUGGUCUUAUAUGCUAACCAUGACAUGGAGAUGGAGCAACGUCUGUGGAAGCAGCUGCACUCUCAGAAAGUCUUGUGGCUAUAUCAGGGACAAAAAAAAUGACAUAAUGUCAAGUCAGUGAAUCUUGGGACAUCUUACUGACAAGUAACUGCAUAAUGAAAUUGCCAAAGCAGUAUUUUGUCCUGGUGUGCUGUGAUUCUCCUGCAACCUUUAUAGGCGACAUCAUUGAAAAUGUUAUUUUUAAUAAGUUAAAUGAAUUAUUUAUCCCUCAGGUUGUGUUCGGGUCAUUUUGACCCGGAGAGAAUUUUCUUUCUCUCU